GCAGCUUCCUUUCCUAAUACUUUCUCUCCUUUUAGGAUCCACUUCCGAUCGUAGCUUUCAAAUCUGCAUGCUGAAACCUGACCGUGUGGUCGUACCCUUACACUGAGCUCAGGGAAACUUACCCUAACAUGGAGAGGAAGCUCCUUUCAGUCCUUUUAGAUUUUGCAAUGCUUUCUUUUAUGCAGAGCAGGCUCCUCCCGAUGUCCAGAAGAAGACGAACUGCAACUUCCUGACUGAGGUUUCAUAACACAAGACAACAUCGCUUGUGGAGAACAGCACUGCGAUAUUGUCCGCGGUAUCUCAGCAUGGAAACAUUACAAGUCUCAGACAUAAUUUCAACAUGCAGCAAAUUCAUCAAAGAGGGUAUACAGGAAUAUGCUGAAAAAGAGAACAUUUCAUCCAUUCCUGCAGACCGCUGGAGUCUUCUAACCCUACAUGUGGUAAUGUACUGCUUGGAGAAGACUGCUGCUCAAUUGCUCAAGAAUCCAGAAUCUAUCAUUAGGGAAGAUAAAACGCAGACGAUCGUGGAAGAAGAAAGACAUGUAGAAGUAGAGACAUAUAUAGAACAUAUUCUUCAGUCAUCAGCUGAUCCCUCCAAGAUUAACGUUGAUGUGAAUCCAUUGAUAAAGUUGAUGACUGAGCAUCACAAGCAACAGCAAGAGUCCCAAGAAAAAGCAAACAGGACCCUGCAAGACCAACUAAGUCAUCAACACAGACAACAGGAGCAAAGGCAACAGCAGCAAAACAACGUUUUCAAACAGUUCCUCCAGCAACAACAAGACUUUCAGUCCAGGCUGAUGGCAGAUUUCAUAAAGCAUAUAGAGAUGCAAGCUACACUUUUCUGUCAGGCGCUGGCUAAUGGCAAAACUGAGCAGCCUGUUCAAGAUGAUCAUGUAAAUAUGAAUAGAGAGGACACAUCAUGUUACAAGCCAUCCAGCCCAGAAACUACAUCUCAUUCCAAUACCGGCCACCAUUGUGUGUCUGGACAAGGCUCUGCUGAAAAACCUGGAUCAUUUUCACAUUAUGAGGACACAUCAUGUUACAAGCCAUCCAGCCCAGAAACUACAUAUCAUUCCAAUACCGGCCACCAUUGUGUGUCUGGACAAGGCUCUGCUCAAAAAUCUGGAUCGUUUUCACAUUAUGAGGUAACUAAUAGAGGCAAGCAACCUUUUCCGGUAUUUGACUGUCAUGAACUUGGACAACAGUUUUGCCAGUGGUUCUACAGCCAUCUGAAUGCUCAGAACCCCUCUCCUGGGCAGGAAAAACCUCAUUGGGACCCCAAUAUCUUAUGGAAGGAUGUAAUAUUUUCAAUAGUACAUGACAAUUCCUUCGACAAAUACACUGGAGAUGAAUGUGUGAGCUCAAAACUGCUUGAAAUGACACAAUACCAAAAACUAACAUUUACACCAAUACCUGACAGCAAAAGGUUAAGUUGUGUGAAUUCUAAGCAUGGACUAGUGGUGGUGGCGGUUACUGGAGUCAUAACCAAUAGUGACAACUGUUCACGGGUUUUCAACCAGAUCUUUGGACUUAUUAGGUGUCCGUCCACAGGUAACUACAAGAUAAAAUCAAUUUACCUAAGAAUAGAUAACUGGGAUCCUUUAAUCUCAGGACACAAAUUGCAUGUCCCCCCAUUACAAUAUACCACAGAACAACUGCAGGAAUACAAAAUUGACCAUAUCGGGAGCAUGUAAAAGCAGACAUGUAUGCCUGUACAAGAAGUAUAUAUAUAUUUAUAUAGCAUAUGUACUGUAAAAUAAUACUGCCAUUCAAUUACAAAAUAAUACCCUGUAAAUAAUACUAGUUCCUUUUUAAGAUUACAUUUUAAUCAAGAUCGGUAAAAAGUUUAAAGCUAACAUUACCCAGUGGUCAAGUGUGGUGAAGGGGUUAAAAAGGACAUGACACAAGAAAUCAAUUAUAAAAUACCUGGUGGUCUGGGAGAGUGAAGGGGUUAUUGGUUCAUCCUUGUUGGUCUAGGUCAGUAAUAGGAUUAAUUAUAAAAAUCCUGGUGGUCAAGGGUAAUGACAGAGUUAAUGGGGUUAUCCCACGAAGGGUAUUUUUCACCUACCCAAAAGAUAAGUGAUACAUGCCAGAUUUUGGGUGUAUCCUAAGAAUGCUCCUUUCACUACUAUGGGUCGGAGUGCUGUCCUUACUUUGAACAGAUAAUAUAGAACAGAUAUCUUUUAUGGGAUAGCCCUUUUAAUGGUUAAAUCCUUGGCAGUCUUGGGAUCUGAAGGUAAUAAUUGGUGUUUCAAGCCCAUGAAGGAGUUCAUAUUUUACCAUGUUGGGCCUGUCUCGAGAUAAUUUAUUUAUGUUAUUCACUUAUAUAGCGCUGGGGACAUUAGCAUCAAGCUGUCCCAAAUGGGGCUCACAAUCUAAGGUCCCUAUCAGUAUGUCCUUGGAGUGUGGGAGGAAACCGGAGUACCCGGAGGAAAUCCACACAAACACGGGGAGAACAUACAAACUCCAUGCAGAUGUUGUCCUUGGUCGGAUUCAAACCUAGAACCCCAGCGCUGCAAAGAAACAGUUUGAUUAACUAGGAAAUGGGGAACCUGGUCAAUUUCUCAAUUUGGCAUCCCCUAAACCUGUGCUGACUAAUGCAGCACAUGACUGAUUAACUAUUGAAAAGGAAACCCCCAGUGCUAGCUUUACAAUCAUCUUCUAUACUAAUAAAAGCCCUGUGUGCAUGCUCAGCCACCCCACACGCAACCAUGCCGCCCACACCUCCUCUCUCGACUUUUCUCCAAGUCACCCCCUUGCUCUCAGCCCCCACAGACUCUGCAGUCACAUGACCCCGCACUUACCUCUCAGCAGGCAGCUCAGGCUGCACACCAGCAGUCUCCUUAGCACGGCGUCCAUGUCUGCGUGUGGCCCCUGUACAUCGCGAGUGUGCGCCUCAAUGCUCAGCGCUCUCCCGGCCCCGGCUGAUGCUUCCCCGCUCAGGAGCCACCAUGCUGUGUGUGAAGCCGCCGCGGAUACUCUCCUCCCCCUCCUGCUCUGGCAGCGGAAUGAUCCCUGUCCUGUAACUGAGUACCGCACUGCUCCACCGAUGAACCUAAGUCCUUACUGCUUGGGUAUUAACCCAGAACCCUCCACUCUGUGCACUGUACCCAGAGCCAUCCGUUCGGUCGCGGAAUUCCAUAGGGACUACCUUCUCUCCUCCCUUCCCCCUUCUCUGCAGUCAGAACUACAUUCCCAGGGCCUGUCCUCUGUGAUAGUGAUGAGCGGCAUAGGCAAUAUUAGUUUUCGUGAUAUUUUGCAAAUUUUUUGCAUAAUAUUCGCAAUAAAUUCACAAAUUCUAGAAUUUGUAAUCUGCAGUAAUUAUUUUU